AUGGUUUGCCAGGGGGCGUUUAGGUCGAACAAGUUGACUAUCGACGAACAACGGAAACAAGACUGGAGCCAAGAUCCAGAACGCCGUCUCCUGAAUUAUUGGGAUGACUUCCUUUCCUACUCUCUUUACCAUGAGCUGGUUCAUCUCGUCUGUCACUAUAAGGACCGCGGACUCCCUGGAGGCAUUAACGGGCUGGCCUAUGCUUACAAAGGUGCAACUGCGCUACUCAGAAAAUAUCCGGACAAGGUGGACAACAACGUUGAGAACCUCACUCUUUUGAUAUUGGGUAAGUGA